CUGGGACAAUAGUGAGUGGUGCACACUUCCUUCGCCCGGCCACAGAACAGAAAAAAAAGUCCCAUUUAAGAGUUGCUGGUGUAACAAUAGGAAGAAUAUAUUCCACUCCUCUCUUCUACACGCGGCUUAUGAGAUGAACGCUCGUCAAGAAGGUCUCCUUCAGCAGCAGGAGGAUCCACAGCCCCCCCACCUUAAAGAAGAAAAGGAGGAUCUCUGGGUUACUCAGGAGGAAGAGUUGGUUCCAGGGCAAGAGAAGGCGGAUCACAGCAAGUUUCCACUGACUGUUGUCAUUGUGAAGACGGAAGCGCAUGAAGACAAACCACCUGAGUCCCCACAGCUUCAUCACAGUCCAAACGUUUGUGAAGAACACCUUCUGCCUGAAAAACAGGAGUGUAGCUUCAGGAUGGUGAAGGAGGAUUCUUCUAAGAGGACGACCAGCUGCCACAGACCCUCUGGCGUCUCCUUUUCCUCUUUGACACAGACCCUUCCCUGUAAAAAGGAAGAGGAAGAUUCACUGACCCUCCACAUUAAAGAGGAAGCGAUGGAACACAACAUCAGUCAGGAGGGAGAUCAUCUUGAACGACUGGUGGAGUUCCCAGUGAUUGGUGUCCUCGUGAAGAGUGAAGAUGAAGAGGUCAAAGGUAAAAGUGAGGAGAAGAGAGAGGCGGAUCCUCCGAGCAGCAGCUCAACACAACACAUGACAACAGAAGCUGAUGGAGACCACUGUGGAGGAUCACAAGCAGACAAGCUCUUAGCUCCACUAUCAGAUAGUGAGGACACAACGUCACACUCUCCUGACACUGAUGAUGAAGACUCUAAAGAUGAUAAGACAUGUCACACUGACAACACUCACUUCACAUGUUCUCACUGUGACAAAUCCUUUCGUUCCCGUUCUUAUCUGAAAGUACACAUGAGAACACACACUGGAGAAAAAACGUUUUCCUGCUCAGAAUGUGGUAAAUGUUUUACUAACAGUCAGAGUUUGAAAGUGCACAUGAGAACACACACUGGAGAAAAACCGUUUUCCUGCUCAGAAUGUGGUAAAUGUUUUACAAUAAGUACGAGUUUAAAAGUACACAUGAGGAUCCACACUGGAGAAAAACCUUUUUCUUGUUCAUUUUGUGGUAAAGGUUUUACACAAAAAAAUGUGUUGAACGAACACAUUUCAAUACACACUGGAGAAAAGCCUUUUACCUGUUCAAUAUGUGGUAAAAGUUUUACACACAGUCAGACUUUGAAAAAACACACAAGGUUACACACUGGUGAAAAACCUUUUAUCUGUUCAAUCUGUGGCUCUUCUUUUCCAAGGAAGGAAUCUUUGAAAGUGCACAUGAGAACACACACUGGUGAAAAACCUUUUUCCUGUUCAGUCUGUGGUAAAGGUUUUGCAGAAAUUCAACAUUUGAAAAGACACAGGAAAACGCACACUGGUGAAAAAACACAUUCCUGUUCAAUCUGCAACAGAAGCUUUUGUGACCUAUCAACCCUUAGAGCCCACAUGACAACACACCCAGGAGAGAAAGUGUUGAGUUGCAGUGUGUGUGGUGAAAGAUUCUCUUAUAAGAAGCAGUGUAAGAAACACAAGUGUGCUGGUGAGAACAGCAGCAGCAAAUGAAACUGCAGGAUUUGAAAUAACCCUAAUCCCUAACCUCAAGGCAUGAUUUUGACUUUUUAUUGUUUGACUUUACAUACUUCCAAAUAUUCCUGCCAAGUAGGGGCAGCAAGGUAGACAAAAACAUAUGAGUAGAGUGACCAUCUUCUGAGAAUGUGCCGAAUAUCUUUAGACACCUCGGUCUUCUCUCCAGCACCAUUGGAACAAAAUAACAUUGGACUACUUCUCCCUUUAAAAAGGAAGAUCCCAGUAAUUUAUCCCAAUACCUGGAUUAUUUGGCUUUCUUGCGGUAGAUAACUCCUGCACCAGAACCCACCAAAAACAACUGUAAAGAACCUUGGCAGGUGGAAUGAUGCAAGCCUGAAGGAAAAAGACCAGGUGCAACAACUGCAUAAGGAUAUCAGCAGUGGCCUACAUACAGUCCAUCGAUAACACCCAACUGCCUGGAAAGUUAAAGGCCUACUGAAACGCACUACUACCCACCAGGUAGUCUGAUAGUUUAUACAUCAAUGAUGAAAUAUUAACAUUGCAACACAUGCCAAUACGGCCUUUUUAGUUUAUUAAAUUGCAAUUUUAAAUUUCCCGGGAGUUUCGUCUUGAAAACGUUGUGUAAUGAUGACGUGUACGCAAGACGUCACGUGUUUUUAGGAAGUAUGAGCGCUGCACACACACACACAGUCGUCUGCUUUAACCGCAUAAUUACACAGUAUUUUAGAGAUCUGUGUUGCUGAAUCUUUUGCAAUUUUUUCAACUAAUAUUGGAGAAGUCACAGUAGAACGAUGGAGUUGGGAAGCUUUAGCCUUUAGCCACACAAACACACAGUGAUUCCUUGUUUAAAAUUCCUGGAGGUGAAACUUUACUAUGGAUCAGAGCGCGGUCAAGCGUACAUGAAUCACGACGGAAUGUCAACCAGCAGGUUUCGGUGAGAAAAUUGUGGUUAAAAAGUCGCUUCUUACCGGAGAAAAGCUGAGCUUGUGCCGUCCAUAGCUGCCGUCGACUCCCCUGAGACAUUGGCGUCAACACACCCGUGGACGUACACUUCCGGCUAUCAGAAACUGUUGAACUCAAUAAAACAUUAGCAACACAAUAGAAAGAUAAGGGAAUUCCCAGAAUUAUCCUAGUAAAUGUGUUUAAAAACAUCAGAAUCCGUCCCAAUUCCAUCGCGUUUUUUUUUUGUUUUUUUUCUAGUCCUUUGCUAUCAAUAUCCUUAAACUCGAAGCUUUCAUCCUCGCUCAAAUUAAUGAGGAAAUUGUCGUUUUCUCGGUCCAAAUAGCUCUUUUUGUUGGAGGCUCCCAUUAAAAUCAAUGUGAGUAUGUGAGGAGCCCCCACACUUGCGACGUCAUCGUUUGCGACUUCCGGUAGAGUCAGGGCUUUUUUCUUAACACCGAAAGUUGCAAAAUUUAUCGUGGAUGUUCUCUACUAAAUCCUUUCAGCAAAAAUAUGGCAAUAUCGCGAAAUGAUCAAGUAUGACACGUAGAAUGGACCUGCUAUCCCCGUUUAAAUAAGAAAAGCUCAUUUCAGUAGGCCUUAAAGGCCUAGUGCCUGCAGUUCGAACUCCUCCCGAGGAUACUGUGGCCCCUCGCAGGUAUUAAGGUCCCAAUCUCAACCGUGGAGACAUUGGAAAGAGGAGUCACAGGCUACAUCAAAAAAUGUCUCAGAGUUCCACGAUGCCUUAUAGGGCUGCGAAUCCUUGGGUGUCCCAUGAUUCAAUUCAAUAUCGAUUCUUGGGGUCACAAUUCAAUAAUAUAUCGAUUUUUUCAAAACGAUUCUGUAUUCAUUCAAUACAUAGGAUUUCAGCAGGAUCUACCCCAGUCUGCUGACAUGCAAGCAGAGUAGUAGAUUUAUUUUUUCAAAAGCUUUUAUAAUUGUAAAGGACAAUGUUUUAUCAACUGAUUGCAAUGAUGUAAAUUAGUUAUAACUAUUAAACGAAUCAAAAAUA